GUAUGGGAGGAUGAAGGCGGGGGGGGGUCCUUGUGAGUGUGUGUGUAUGCACAUGGUCGUGCGUGUUUGUGAAUGUGCGUUGCGUGCGGGCUUGUGAGGGUGUGUGUGUGUGCGGGCUGGUUGUGCGUGUUUCUGGGCUGGUGCGUGUGUGCGCGGGUGCGGGGAGGAGAGAUUGAAUGAUUUAGCCUGGAACAGUCUCUCGGAGAAAGAAUUAAAGCGGCCAACUACGGUUCCCCCCCGCCUCGGAUGCUGGCGCUGGAGUCGGGGCUGGGGGGCGGCGGGAGGGCGGCGAAGGAGCCGAUUUCACAGCGGGCUGCGCCGAGGGCCAGAGGGACCCCAGAGGGACCCCUGCUCCGGGGGGGACCCCCCGCUCCCGGAGAUGGAGCCGUGACGACCCCCGCCCGGAGAGGGGGUUGCUCCAGCUGAGGAAAAUGGCCGUGGAUAUAGCGGAAGGCCGGAUCAGUGUCAUAAAGAGCCCCCCGGGAUGGGAAGUCGGAAUCUACGUCACCGGGGCCCUGGUCCUGCUUGGAAUAGCUGCCGUGAACCUGUGGAAACUCUGGAAAUCCGGGAGCUUUCCCAUCCCUUCUCCAUUUCCCAACUAUGAUUACCGCUACCUCCAGCAGAAGUAUGGAAUGACCUACUCGGAGACCAGGAGGAAGCGCAGCACAGCCUGGGCCCCCUACCAGGGCUCGGAGAGGACGCCCCCCAGCCUCAAGGCGGGGCUGCAGAUCGACGACUCCCUGGAGAACGUCACCGAGCUGGGCACGUUGGAGCUGAUGAACCGGGACCCCGACUUGGCGCCCUUCGGCCCCCUGAGGAGAUCCCUGUCGGCCGACUCGCUCAGCUCCAUCUCCUCCAUCACCAACAACUUCGGCCAGGACUUCGCCCUGGGCCAGGUGGAAGUGACCCUGGAGUACGAGGUGGCCGUCCACGCCCUCCACGUCACCGUCCUGCAGGGGAAAGAUCUCACGGAGAAGGAGGACGCCAGCUUCCAGUCCUGCUUCGUGCGCGUCAGCCUGCUGCCCGAUGAACAGAUCGUGGGCAUUUCCCGGAUCCAGAGAAGCGCCUUUUCCAUCUGUUUUGACGAGAGAUUCUCCAUCCCCCUGGACCCUUCCGCUCUAGAGGAGAACAGCUUGAGGUUCUCGGUGUUCGGCAUCGACGAGGACGAGCGGAAUGUGAGCACCGGGGUGGUGGAGCUGAAGCUGUCCGUCCUGGACCUCACCGUCCAGCCCUUCACGGGGUGGCUCUACCUGCAGGACCUCAACAAGGCCGCCGACGCGGUGGGGGAGAUCUUGCUGUCCCUCAGCUACCUGCCCACGGCCGAGCGACUCACCGUGGUGGUGGUGAAAGCCAAAAACCUAGUGUGGACCGGUGGCAAGACGAGCGCGGAUCCUUUCGUCAAGGUGUAUCUGCUGCAGGAUGGCAGGAAGAUGAGCAAGAAGAAGACCGCCGUGAAGAGGGAUGACCCCAACCCGGUCUUCAACGAGGCCAUGAUCUUCUCCGUCCCGGCCAUCGUGCUGCAGGAUCUGUCCCUGCGGGUGACGGUGGCGGAGAGCUGCGGCGACGGCCGGGCCGACAGCAUCGGCCACGUGGUCAUCGGGCCGGCCACCAGCGGCAUGGGCAUCACUCACUGGAACCAGAUGCUGGCCACCCUGAGGAGACCGGUGUCCAUGUGGCACGCCGUCCGGAGAAGCUAAGGGCCGCAACCCGGGGGUGGGGACCCCAUCGGGGCAGGAGGUGGCACCUCGCCUGCAGGUCCACGACCGUCCCGGCGGGCUCCUCGAGCCUUGGCCUCUCGGCACCACAUACUCGCUCUCUUUCCCCGAUAACGGGAGGAGGCCGCCGCUUUCCAGCAGGGAGCAGGUAUCCCGCAGGGGGAGGGCUUGGCCGUCUUCGGAUUCUGCUUCCCCGAUGCCCCCUCCCCUCCGGGGGCCCCGGCCCUUUCCCAGACCACCAGCUGGAUCAGGAACGUUCCCCGCCUGCCGCCCGACUCCUCUCCCCUCACCGGCCCAGAUUUCCUGUGGCUGUGGCCCCGAGGAGGGUGGGAGACCAUGCCCACUCACCUUCCCUAAAUAAGUUUAGGCCCCUGGACUUCCGGUCCCAGGAAGGGGUCCCUGCCCGGUCCCCGGAGGGUCGCCGCGCCCCUCCCGCCGGAGAGGAGGUGGGCUCUGGGUGCCCGCUCUCUGGUCAGGACCAACCCUUGGGUGAUUCUGCCCCGUUGGCCUUGACUCUGUCCUAACUUCUCAGUCGAGCAGCCGGAAGCCCCACCCCACCAAUGGAGGGACAGCAGGCAGAGCACCCCCAAAGAGGUCACCCCACCAGUUCCGUCCUGUCCGAGACCUGGGCCGCGGACUGUGGAGGGACCAGGAUGCUAGGCCUUCGGUCUCCCCGGGGAAACGUACCCCACGUCUGGGCCGUCUGGACUGGGCAGCAAUCUCGGGGCCGGGAGCGGCCUUACUGUCCCCCAGCUCCGGACCAGGAGCUUCCCAGCAGCCCUUGGGCUGCGCUCUGCGCAUCCCCAACUCUGAGCUGCCUCGCGCCGUCUGAGAGGGUGAGCCACACUGAGCUGCCCCGUGACGUCUGAGGGGGUGAGUGAUGCUGGGUCACUCCAAGACAUCUGAGGAGGUGAGCGACGCUGAGCGUCCCCGUGACAUCGGAGGGGGUGAGUGACUCUUAGCCGCCCCGUGACAUCUGAGGGGACGAGUGACGGGUCCAGAUUCAGGGAGAAUGUGGAUGGCCACCCUCCUCCCCUCCCUCCCGCCCUCCCCAUCCAGUCUCCUUUUCUAUGAAAAGAGGCUUUUAAAUGUUUAUUUAUAUCCAACUCACUGACUAACUAUACUUGGACCUCAUCUUCUUCAAGCCACUCCAUCUCUCCCCGCCCACCUCAACGCCCCCCACCACCCCCGCCAGCCACCUCUCCCUCCCAACCUGUCUCUGCAGAGCCCAGGCAGUUCUACUCCUGCUGUGAGACUUUGGGUAAGUCAUUUAACUUAUCUGGGCCUCAGUUACCUCAUCUGUAAAAUGGGGA